AUGAGGCCCGUGGUGAUGUGCCAACAUCAGUGGUAUUGCUACUCCGAGGUCACACCUGUUGCAUUAGUGGGAGUAACUCCAAAAGCUUUUCUUCUCCUCAAUCCUCCAUGGUCUACAAACUUCAAAAAUGACAGAGUGACUCUCACAUGCAGAGAUUCCCUUUCUUCAGCCCAAGGAGACAUAUCUUGGUAUCAUAAUGAUCAUUUGUUGGAUAAUAAAUCUGAAGAGAUCCAAAUACACAAGACUGGAUAUUACAAAUGCAAGACUCGAAGAUCUUCUCCCAGUGACCCCGUACAUAUGGAUUUUUUAUCUGACAGACUGAUCAUCCAGGCUCCACACCCUGUCUUUGAAGGAGAUGAUGUUGUUCUGAGAUGCCAGGGGAAAGAAGCAACAAGUGAAACAGUUUUAUACAAAAAUAAAAAAGAAAUUAGGAAGAGUUAUAUAUCAAACUUCACACUAAAUUCAGUCUACAGGGACAAUGGCAAAUAUCAUUGUACUGCUUCUAGGAAAAGCUUUUGGGGAAUGAAGAGAGACAUUUCAAAACCUCUAACAAUUCAAGUUCAAGAGCUGUUUCCCCCUCCUGUGCUGACAGCCAGACCCUCCCAGCCCAUAGAGGGGAGACCGGUGACUCUGAAAUGUGAGACUUGGCUCCCUCCACAGCGGUCAUACAUUCAGCUUCAAUUCUGCUUCUUCAGAGAAGAGCAGGCCUUGGGAUCAGGCUGGAGCAGCUCCCCAGAGCUCAAUUUACCUACCAUGUGGAGUGAAGACUCAGGGUCUUACUGGUGCCAGGCAGAGACAGUGACUCACCAUGUCAGGAAAAGAAGCUUGAGAUCCCAGAUACAUGUGCAGAGAGUCCCUGUGUCUGAUGUAAAUCUAGAGAUCCGGCCCCCCGAGGGGCAGCUGAUUGAAGGAGAAAAUCUGCUCCUUAUCUGCUCAGUAGCCAAGGGUACAGGGACUGUCACAUUCUCCUGGCACAGAGAGGGCACAGUGAGAAGUUUGGGAACAAAGACCCAGCGUUCCUUGUCGGCAGAGCUGCAGAUACUCACUGUGAAGGAGCAUGAUGCUGGGAGAUACUACUGUGCAGCUGACAACAUUCACGGUCCCAUCCUCAGUAAACUGAUUAGAGUCACACUGAGAAUUCCAGUGUCUCGCCCUGUCCUCACUCUCAGGGCUCCUGGGGCCCAGGUUGCGGUGGGGGACGUGAUGGAGCUUCACUGUGAGGCCCGGAGAGGCUCUCCCCCGAUCCUGUACCGAUUUUAUCAUGAUGGUGUCAGCCUGGGGAGCAGCUCAGUUCCCUCUGGAAGAGCAUUCUUCAAAUUCUCUCUGACUGCAGAACAUUCUGGAAACUACUCCUGUGAGGUUGACAAUGGCCUGGGGGUCCAGCUCAGUGACAGAGUGACUCUCAGUGUCACAGUUCCAGUGUCUCAUCCUGUCUUCACCUUCCACCCUGCUGGGGCCCAGGCUAUGGUGGGAGAUGUGUUAGAGCUUCGCUGUGAGGCCCAAAGAGGCUCUCCCCCGAUCCUGUACUGGUUUUAUCACAAGAAUGUCACCCUGGGGAGCAUCUCGGACCCCUUUGGAGGAGGAGCAUCCUUCAACCUCACUCUGAUGGCAGAGCAUUCUGGGAACUUCUCUUGUGGGGCUGACAAUGGCCUGGGGGUCCAGCGCAGUGAGAUGGUGACACUCAGCGUCACAGGGCCUUCCAGUAACAAAAUAACGCUUAUCACCGAGGGGGUCACUGCAGGACUGCUAAGCAUCCUUGGCCUUGCUGCUACUGCUGCUCUGGUGUGUUACUUCAGGACCCAAAGGAAUUCAGGAGGACUUUCCACCACUGGAACACCUAGUUACAGUCCCAAGGAGUUUAAGGAACCUUCUAGAACCUCCCACACAGACCCCCAAGAACCCACUUACUCUGAACCACCAGACCCAAUGGAACAGCAGCCAGUGUACAGCAAUGUGGAUCUUGGUGAGAGCAACCUGGUUUAUUCCCAGAUCUGCAGCAUCCAAGAUACAAAAGAAAAUUCAGCAAAUUCACCAAAGAAACACUGGGAGGAUAAGGAGCCUGCAGUCAUCUAUUCAGAGUUGAAGAAGGCACAUCUAGAUGAUUCUGCAGGGCUGGCCAUCAAUCAAGACAGGGACCUUGAAGAUGCUGCAGAAAACUAUGAGAAUGUCCCAGGUGCACUGUCAGCCAUAGACCACUAG